UUCCCAUUAUAUCUUUGUUUAAAACAUGACGGCCCUAGGUGAAAUUAUAUUGAAUAAAUCACAGGAACAGCCCUUGUGGCCGAAGAGUAACCGUAACAAAAAAGAGUAACUAUAAUAAGGAGUUGAAAGGAAAUGCUGCGACGAUGUAAUUCGUGCACUGACUAAAGUCCAGUUGCUGAUUUCUUGGUAUUUAUACUUUGAUAUUUGAUAAAUGAUUUUCAACGCUGGACUCCUAAUUAUCUUAACUCUAUCAGAGUAUGGAAAGAGUUUGAAAAGUUACGAACAAGACACCAGUAAAGUACAUUUCACUUCAAAUGCAAACAAGUCUGAAACAUUCCUAUUGUUCACUGAUGUUCACUUAGAUUUAAUGUAUAAGAAGACUGGAGAUAAAAGUCAAUUCUGUAGAAAUAAAAACACUAAAAGUUCUCACAAGGCAGAUUAUGGUAGCCUUGGCAGGAUUGGAUGUGAUGCGCCAUUGAAUUUGCUUCGAAGUGUACUGUACGCUAUGAAACAAAAAACAAAAAGUCCAGAGUUCAUUUUGAUGCCAGGCGAUGCUACUCCUCAUCAUUUGGGAAGAAAGGACAGAAGAAAGCAGGUUUUGAAAAUAAUAAAGAAGUUAUGGAGUGAAGUGAACUCAGUAUUUCCCGAUAUUCCUUAUUUUCCAGUCAUUGGUAAUAAUGAUAUACCAGGUGACUAUAUAAUGCCUGGCGAGAACGAUACAUGGUAUUCUGAUGUACUGAAUAUCUGGAAAGACGGCAUAUUGUGUACAAACUGUAACAUGAAAUAUCAGACGACAUCUUUGGAUCAACUACGAAAGACAUUCUCUUAUGGAGGGUAUUACAAGGUGUCCACAUCAGAUGGAAAGAUGAACUUGCUGGUUCUAAACACAAUGUACUGGACAAAAAGUGCUUGGAAACCAAAGAAUUACUUUGUAAACAGGGCAAAUACACAGAUGAAGUGGUUAGAAGGGCAGUUAAAUAUUGCUAGGAAAACAAAAAAGAAAGUUAUUAUAAGCAGCCAUAUUUCUCUCGGGAUGGAUAUCUAUGUUCAUAUGUCCACUUGGAUGAGCAAUUUCACUGAUCUAUAUAUCAACCUGGUUGUGAAUGAAUUUAACGACGUUGUUGCAGGGCAAAUCUUCUCUCACUUUCACCGCGAUAGUUUCCGUUUGCUCAGCGAUAAGAAGAAAGAUUCUUCGCAUCGGAAAUUCUCUUAUGUUCUACUAAUGCCAUCUGUUUCACCUUCAUACAGAAAUUACCCGGCAUUUCGUAUUGUUAAUCUUGACCCGUCUCUCCAGGCAAUUACGGAUUACGAACAAUACUACUUGAAUAUAGACAUUAAAAAUCCAGUAUGGCAACUAGACUACAAAUUUUCAACACGAUAUCCACCAACUGGAGAUGAUGACAAAGUUAUCAAUGGCAAAAGAAUAAAGCAUCUUAGUGAUAAUCUUAUCAGCCAAAGAGACUAUAGUUUCUUCAAUAGUUUUAUCAGUUCACGACAAGUUCGUCAUAAACCUGAUUCUUAUUCUCGAUCUCUUUUUUAUUGUGCAAUCACUUGCAUAAGAAAAAAAGAAUUUGACGCAUGUCGGAAAAAAUAUCCAGAAGAUAACUUUGAUAAAUAAAAAAGUAGUGAAAACCUUUUGAAAUGGUUCGAUAAGAUCCAAUCGCGCAUACAGUAAGAUCUUUCAAAAUCAUCAAAUUAAUUGGAGAAAGAGAACAAUCCUUUAGGAUAUAAUUUCUAGUAUAUAAUUUCUAUUUCUGCAACGUGACAAAUAGCAAUAUUAGUGAAAUGAAGGCU